UGCUAAUUUUGAUUAUGCUUUUUAUAAUCAUCCUCUCAUGAAUUGAUGAUAUUGGUUGGUUUUGGGAAUAUCCAAGUUUUACUUCCCCAAUUCAGUGUCUGUGAAGACGACGAUCGAACUCUAAGCUAGCAGCAUGAAUUUGAGUUUUCAAAAUCCCAUAGAGUGUGGUCAUCCUAGUUCCUUGUUCUUCUCUCCGUUAAAGACCUCGAAUAAGCUGGGUUGUUCUUCCAAUUUAGGGUUUCAUGUUCGAUUUUUUGAGAAUCGGAAGAAGAAAUCGCCUAUGGUUACAGUAAAAUCCGUUUCUUCUUCUUCAAUUGCGGUUGAAGGGACGAAGAAGAGAGACGCAACAAGUACAAGAGAGAGUGUGUACGACGCCAUAGUAAUCGGCUCUGGGAUUGGAGGAUUAGUCGCUGCCACUCAGCUAGCUGUUAAAGAAGCUAAGGUUUUAGUUCUGGAGAAGUAUUUGAUUCCUGGUGGGAGCUCUGGCUAUUACGAAAGAGAUGGGUAUACAUUUGAUGUUGGCUCUUCUGUCAUGUUUGGUUUCAGCGAUAAGGGGAACCUUAACUUGAUAACUCAGGCGUUGAAGGCUGUUGGCCGUAAGAUGGAGGUUAUACCUGAUCCUACUACUGUCCAUUUCCAUCUUCCGAAUGAUCUUUCUGUUCGGAUUCAUAGAGAAUACGAUGAUUUCGUCACUGAACUUACCAGCAAGUUUCCCCAUGAAAAGGAAGGGAUCCUUGGUUUCUAUGGCGACUGCUGGAAGAUCUUUAACUCAUUGAACUCCCUGGAGUUAAAGUCACUAGAAGAGCCUAUCUACCUUUUUGGACAGUUCUUUCAGAAACCGCUUGAAUGCUUGACACUCGCUUAUUACUUGCCGCAGAAUGCUGGGGCUAUAGCUCGGAAGUACAUAAAGGAUCCUCAAUUAUUAUCUUUCAUUGAUGCAGAGUGUUUCAUUGUGAGUACAGUCAAUGCUCUACAGACGCCAAUGAUCAAUGCAAGUAUGGUUUUAUGUGACAGGCACUAUGGAGGAAUUAACUACCCGGUUGGUGGCGUUGGUGGGAUUGCAAAGUCUUUAGCAGAAGGACUUGUUGAUCAGGGCAGUGAAAUUCUCUACAAGGCUAAUGUAAAAAGCAUAAUACUUGAUGAUGGAAAAGCUGUCGGUGUUAGGCUAGCAGAUGGAAGAGAAUUUUUCGCCAAAACAAUAAUUUCAAAUGCUACAAGAUGGGAUACGUUUGGGAAACUUUUAAAAGGAGAAAAGCUUCCAAAAGAAGAAGAAAAUUUCCAGAAAGUCUAUGUCAAGGCUCCAUCAUUUCUUUCAAUCCACAUGGGUGUUAAAGCAGAGGUUCUCCCUCCAGAUACAGAUUGCCAUCAUUUUGUGCUUGAGGACGAUUGGAAGAAUCUGGAGGAGCCUUAUGGUAGUAUUUUCCUCAGCAUUCCAACCAUUCUUGAUCCAUCUUUGGCUCCAGAUGGUCGACAUAUACUUCACAUAUUUACAACUUCCUCAAUUGAGGAUUGGGAGGGACUCCCUCCAAAAGAGUAUGAAGCGAAAAAGGAAGAAGUGGCAGCUGAAAUAAUACAGAGGCUAGAGAAAAAACUGUUUCCAGGGCUCAGUUCAUCUAUUACGUUUAAGGAGGUUAGGCUCUUUUUCCCCCCUACG